AUGACGGCAUUGGGAUCCGAGAAGCCGAGGAGAUUCACAGAAAAUACAGUGAAUCAUGGUAGAUACUCUGAGUCACUCGAGCGUGAACUUACACGUGACAAGGUAGGCGGCACUCCUACAGAAUGGGGGCCAACGAUGGGAUCGAUGGAGGCUGCCGGAUUAGAGUAUGCGCUCGAUGGCAUGGGGAGAGGAGGAGUGGAGAGGUACGGACUGGUGGGGGACGGUCCUUCUACUCCGGAGGGUGGCCAUCAAUCCCUCCACGAAUCAUUGGGCUGUUUGAAGCCACCGGGUUGGAGCGUGAAGUCGAUGGUCCCUCUGUGGAAGCGUUGCGGA